GCCUUCAAUGAUCAUAGCUGCAACUCCACAUGGUUGCUGCAAUUAUGAGAGCUGCCAUGCUUGUAGUGGCUUCAAUGAUCAUAGCUGCAACUCCACAUGAUAUAGACAUUUAUAUUACAACAUGCUAGAGGAAUAUACAACAUAUAUAAGUUGGGUGGCGAGAACUCUCUCCCUAGCGCCGCGAGAGAGCACCAAACCCACCAGAUUGUUCCUUGUCCGGCGGCGGCCGUCGAUGGCGCCGGCUUCGGCCACAUCGUCGUUUGCUGGCUGCCGGACGGGCACUUCAAAGCCCUGGGCUGAGGUCGGGAGAGGAGGUGGCUAUGGCUUGUGGUUUGGCGGCCUGGUUUUGACGACAAACGUGGGCGCACUUUCUGGGCGUCUGUGGUAGUUCUUCUGUGCAGGGAUGGUGCGAUCCGGCGGCGGCGUGACCAACAGGAGUAAAUCAAAACCCAAUUUUACUUAUUGGUCAAAACUUUGGGUCUAAGCUUAUUGGUCAAAACAUUGGGUUUAUGCUUACUGGUCCUAAACCCCGAAGCGCGCAAAAGAGUCACAAUGCUGAACAACACUCUGUUAACGCUCCUUGCUAGAAGAGCAUCAACAGGAGUAAAUCAAAACCCAAUUUUACUUCAGCGAUGCUUCUGUUCACCACCGUCUUCUUCUUCUUCAAACAAUAAGCUCUUCGUCGGAGGCUUGUCAUGGUCCUUGGACGAGAAGUCCCUGAAAGACGCUUUCUCUUCCUAUGGGGAGGUCACUGAAGUGACCAUAGUGUAUGACAAGGACUCAGGCAGGUCUAGAGGCUUUGGAUUUGUAAAUUUCUCCAAGGAAGAUGAUGCCAAGUCUGCAAAAGAUGCUAUGGAUGGAAAGGCGUUGAUGGGUCGGCCACUGAGGAUUAGUUUUGCUCUCGAAAGAGUUCGGGGAGGGACUGUAGUUGUUCCUCGCCUUCCAGGCAUUGGAGAUGGUGUUAAUCGCUCAUAGCUGACAUCAUAUGGUAAUUUGUUACCAGUUACCUGUAACAGAUUAUAGAGAACUAUCCUUAGUUGUGAAAACUACAAAAUGUGUCAUUAUAGAGUUUCUUCAAA